AUGUUUUACUCUACUUUCACCACUCUUUUCCUCCUCGGACCAGCCUACGCGGCCCUCCAGCUUGUCAGCAAUUGGGGAUCAAACCCAACCGGCCUAAGCAUGUAUAUUCAAGUGCCACCCAACCUCUCUCCCUCCCCAGCCAUUGUGCUCGCCCUCCACGGCUGUGGUGGCUCUGGGCCGACUUACUCCCGUCAGGCUGAGUACAUACCCCUGUCAGAGCAGAAGAGGACUUUCAUCGUCAUCUACCCGUCCUCGAAGAGAGACUUCAACUGUUGGGAUGUUGCCUCGACCAGCAGCCUCACUCGUGAGGGGGGCGGUGACUCCACCGGUUUAGCAAACAUGAUCCGGUAUACCAUCAACCGCUACAACGCUGAUCCUAGUCGUGUCUUCGUAACCGGCAGCUCCUCAGGUUGCAUGAUGACCAACGUCCUUUCAGCAACUUACCCGGAUCUGUUCGCUGCGGCGUCAUGCUAUUCGGGCGUUGCGGCUGGUUGUCUCGCCGGCUCGCCCGGCUCCAGUCCCAUCAGUGCUGAUCCGCGCUGUGCCAACGGUCAGAUCGUCAAGACGGGCGAGCAGUGGGCUGCGCAGGUGCGUGCGAUGUAUCCUGGCUACAGCGGUACCUAUCCACGUAUGCAGACGUUCCAUGGUACGGCGGAUUCGCUGGUGAAGUACCCCAACUUGGGCGAACAGCUGAAGGAAUGGUCGGCGAUCCACGGCGUCAGCUUCACCAGAAACAACACCAACACGCCUCUUAGUGGAUACACGCAGAUUGUUUAUGGGGACGGCAAGAAGCUGGUAGGCUACUCUGCGCAAGGCGUUGGGCAUACCGUACCAGUUCAAGAAGAUGAGGACCUUAAAUGGUUUGGAUUGUAA